AUGGCAGUCCUGAUUAAGAAGACAGGUGACGCCUCCCCUGCCAGCGGAUGCUGGGACUCAAUCCACAUAGUCGAAGUGCAGGUAAUUAUCGCUUUUUCCUCAGCACUGCUCGUCCUCCUCGACGUUUCCUCGUGCACACCGUCCUGUAGUCCAAUCACACUUUUCAUUACGCCUUUCCUACCACGAUUUCAGGCUGCCAUUAUGUUGGGACCUCGCUGAAGUUUCCAGUAGCAACAUUGAUAAUUUAUCAACAGCUUGCCUUGCCUCAAGAUGGCGGUUUGAACAGUGGUACCGCGACCUACGUUCGACAGAAAUGGUAAUCGAAGCAACCCUGCUCGGGACUGAUUGAGGCAGCAAUCUGUCUGCCCUUGGCGCGCGCUCGUACUGCUUACUGUUUGUGUGAUUUUUUGAGCAACAGAGGAAGAAUGCACUUGAGGGAGAAUUGUAUGCGCCCUCCUCAUUGACAAGGGACUCGAAACUCCCCGCGCUCGCCUUUCCCCUCUGCAUGAGGCCCCUACGUAUCCACCUGUCUACCUUUAACGCAUGUGUUCUGAUUUGCCUUCUCUCUUGUAUGAGUGCCUGCAUUUAUUACUUGUGUGUGCUAGUUUGUUUGGUCCUCCUCCCUACAGGAGCGUCCAGCUGCGAAGACGGCCCACUACAAACUUAGCAGUACCGUGAUGGCCUGGGUAUCCACAAACAGCGAGAAGAGCGGCUCCUCUGUGAUUGGAGGCAACAUCAGCCGAUCGAUGGAGCGGGAGGGUGCGGUCGGCGAAGUCAACCAUAUCGCUACCAUCGGAACCAUGAUCGAGGUAAUUUGUCAGUCGUGCUGCUCCGCCUCUUUCUGUUUCCAAUGCUUCAUCUGUUCUGUGAACUGCGUCAUGCGUCUCCUUUUGGGGCCAGGCGUUGCAACUUCUGAAUGAAAAUGAGCAGAAUGAACUCCAGCGGUUAUUAAGGCUGUUAAUUGCCAAAAUAUUUUAUCUUGCUGUCCUGGAAAUGACUUGGUUGUUUACGUCCCGUCGUCCUUUCUGUGCUUCUCACUUCCCCCUUUUCGAGAAUAAGUUGUUCUUAAUUCAUUUUAUUCAUGAAAAGUUUUCAGUUCUAGUUCAGUCCCAGGCCAUGCGCAUAUUGGUCCAUAUAUUUUGCUGGACACUUAAUAUUACUGGCUGUUGAAAGCAUCCGCUACGGUGAACUGUCAAUGGGGAUCAGGGAUUGGCUUUGGUCCCAAUAAGACGACUGAUCGUCAUGCGAGUUUGGACGUUAUUCACGAGUUGAUUUUAUUCUGACUCCUGGUUCGGAUUUGUACACAGCGUGCUCGUCACCACCGGAAAUGUCUGUAGUCUUUUAGCGAGAUUCGACAAACGACGAAUAUCCCAGUCUUCGAGAUUUCAGCCAAUCAUGUUUUUUCUAACUGAAAAAUGUGACUUGCAUGCUUCUACUAACUAAUACCGUCUCGGUCUCCGUUAAAACACUAUGUCUUCUUCGAGUGUGUGGAACUUCACCGUCACUCGGGAAGUGACGGAUGAUUGUUAAACCAGCCUAUUUACUAGCAUACUCUGUCGACUGAGGGAGAUAUUGUCCUCUACGUAAUCUCCUCAAACUAGUCUGUCUUCGAUGCAGCACCCAAAGUACCAGGCGUAGGUAUUUGCGGCCUGGAAAGGAUGUUUGGCCUGGUAGUCUCCAGUGCUUAAGAGACACGCUAACUGGACAGCCGUAGCCGCAACGCCUAACUUUCGAUCCCAGGGCACAUGGAGCGGGUUAUGGACUCGACUCGGAGCGGUACGCCCCGGUACUAUCAGCCGUAUAAGAGUACCUGGACAGGUAUGCAUUAUACAUGGACUUUCGUUGUGAUUGAGAUCUCCUGACAGGCCAACAGAAUCCCACAAAGACUACCAAAACACAAUGUUAUCCACAUCGUCUUCAUUCUAUCCACGAAAAACUCUCAGCCACCAGUAGCAUGCUGCGUCCCGUUCCCUUCGGAGCUUCGGCCACAAAACAUGUGUUUUGUAGCAUUAUCACAUGGGUCAUCCGGUUUGGUGACAUUAUUCAACGGGAGGCUCUGCUCUGGGAGUCUUAUCAACUCCACAUCAGCCGACAAAGGUAUGACAAACGUAUUUCAAGCCAGUCGUUCGGAACGGAUAACUGCUACCCUCACAGACCUCUAGCAGACCGUAGAUGUACGCCGGCGUACCACUUAGAGUACAUUUUCAGAGCGACUGAACAGUACUAUAUUUCUAUAAAAUUCGUGAACUUCUCUUUUAUUGUCGCGGUCGCGAGUUAACAUUACUUACUACCUUUUAUGUCCACCCGAUCGUGGGGGAGAUGGAUUUAUGCUACUGUGCUUAGUCCACGAAUUUUACAGAAAAAUAAUUCAAUUGUUAGGCAACGGUAUAGAGAAGGGCCCCAAUUAACUGUCAAUAGAUUGUGGACCGUGUCAUCUGGGGUUUUAUCUUGACAUACAUUUGCAGGCUGUUGCAGAACUUACACUGCCAACAACGAAUUCUUCCCACGACCUCACACCUUAACUAAAAAUCCGUUUUUUGUGAAAUUUAUUUUUCAGAAGAGACAGUGGCGAGUGAACGUUCCUUUCGGCAAAUUCUCAUCAGGCCAAUACAGUUACAUAGGGGCGGGGUACAGUGAGUGAAACAAAAAUCGAUAAAAGUUAGGUUUUAAAUUACAGGCUCGGCAAGAGCGGAAGGGCGCAGAAAGUUGUAUAUGGUUAGUCAACCUUUGACCACGGUAAGCGCGGAGCCUGAACAAGGUUCUUUUGGGCGCAUAGGGUCGGUUUUCUUAACCUUAUGGCGGCCGCUUCUGCUGUUGCUAACAGGCGCUGGCCUAUUAGCUUAGGGUAGCUCGAGGGGAUCUUGUAAAUCACACGAAAUGCUUCAGUGGGGUCCACACGAUGCCCUGAGUCCACUGCAUGCGCAAGCAUGGCGCUGUCUAUUCUCCUAGUUUCACCCUUUGGCAGCCAUGCGGGAAGGUGCUCUCGUAUUCCUUUGGAAAGGCGCCGACUCGUACGACCAAUAUAACCUGCUCCACAGGAGCCAGUGAAUGAGUAGAUGCACAUUGAGGCGGUCUGAGGUGGCAUUCUAUCCUUGCCUUCUCCGCGUAGAAUAGGGUUAGUAGAGAAUGAUAUGCGAACCCUUGCUGCUGGGAAGGUUCCCGAGAAAGCUUGGUCAAGGCGUCUUCUUAGGAGUUCACCUGCAGCGUCUCCUUGGAAGGGGACUUUGAGGAACAACGUUUUAUUUUCGGCGGUUAGUGUGGUGGGUUUUGCGGGUCGUUCGGCAGGGUUAUUUGCAAUGAACCUGCCUAUUGUUUAAUUGCUACUCUCAUUUCAACCGUCGUACAAUAGCGUAGGAUAAGACUUUCGGCAUAAAUCCAGGCAAUUUCUGUGCUUUCUUUCAUUUUGUCAGCUUACUGUUUAGCGUGCUGCGCCACCCAUAGAACUCCCUUUGCCAUAAAUCACGUAUGGCACAAUCCAAGGUCUACUGACAGUUAAGUGGGGUCCUUCUCUAUACCGUUGCCGAUUGUUUUAUUUAACACCCAUGAGGGUACUGUCAGUAGGCAAUAUAACUCUUUAGCCUCCCGCUGCCUUCAAGGCCGCCAACUUUCUCAUCAUGAAACAAUAUGUUUCGCACUUUAUACGACUCCGUAUGUUAAACAUAUGUUGGUUUUUUUCGUUACGGAUAACGUUUUUUACUGUUUUUAGCUUACAGUCUCAUCAACUUUCGCACUUCUAAUAGGCUUGCUGAAAUUUAGCCGUGUCGUAUACUUUCCAAGCUAAUACAGAGGAAUGCCGACCUGAAAACUGACUAGCUAGCUAGCUCCGUUUAUGAUCGCUGUCUGUUGGGGAUGCAUAUCUGCAGAUCCGUUCUAGGGGGUCACCGUGUUUGCAAGAGAAGUCAGACCGCUUCAUUUUUGUUAACGAAAGAUGGCACUUCCGAUUCUGUCUGGACGGCGUUGAUGGGAGGAGCUAAUUCCCUCAGACCUUGUCGCACCCACCUCUUCACAUUGUCUUCCAAGUGCUCUUAUCUUUUUUAGACUCUCGAGAGUCAAAUGCGAGCUGUUCUUAACGAUGUCUACUUCGGGACUUCCAAGAUUAUCAUCGAUUCGAUGCGUUCAUUUAUCUCUGCGGACGAGAAGCAGCAACGCCGAACCCUGGCCGAAGGGCUGAACCAGGCCUUUCAGCAAAAUUCCCCCCUAUAA